AUGAAUUUAUCAAAUAUCGAUUUAUUUGCAUCUUAAUUUCAAUUUUAUGUGAAUGAUUAGCAUAAGAAAAAAGGAACUCUUUAUGGUUUUAUUUUAAGUUUAGUCGUUAUUGCAGGAAGUUUAACUUAUUUCAUUUACAUAAUUACAUAAUAUAUUACUAAUCAAAUAGAGCCAACAUUUAGAUCUUAAAAUUUUAUUGUAGAUACAAAUCUUCAAUAUCCUUUAAGAAAUGAUCUUGUAGCAUUUAAAUUCGACUACGGCAACAACAUCGAACCUCUUUAGAAUUAAGAUAAGACAUACUUUGUAUUUUAUGCCUUUUACUACUUUCAAAAUUAGGAAGAUCAUUAAUUUAUUCCUCUAGAUGUGAUCGAUUGCUAAAAUUCUAAUUUAAUAGGAUUUAAAUGCAUAGAUUUCUCUAAACUAUCUAAUAAUAUGCUAACUCUUGAUAAUAAUGAGAAUAUUUAAUCACAAGUACAAAUAUUAACUUACGGAUGUUUAGAUAUUGAUUCUAUAAAAACAACCAUACCAGAUAAUUGUGCAACCUAAACAGAAAUAGAUAAUGCUGUAAAUGCGGUUAAUGCUGGCUAGAGAGUUAAGUUAUUUACUUCAUAAUACAAUAUAACUUCUUAAAAUAUGCAAGUUUACUAUAAAAAUAUAAUGAUCUUUACUUAUUCCGAUUACUCAAUGUCAACAAUCAUAAAUACUUAACUUUAGACUACUUCAGUAAAGUAAGGACUAAUUUUUUAGUCUGAAUAAAAUUUUAUAUAACCAAUUUAGUACUCAUAAAUAAAUCAAAGUAUAAGCAGGCAAUCUGCUUUACAAAGCGGAGAUGGCGCUUAUAGCUUUGUAACACUAUAAAUAGAUGAAUCUGUUGAGAAAAUUUACAUUUAAUAUACUACUUUACCAUAAAUACUUGCUCUUGUAAAUAGUAUCUUUGCUUUUUUAAUGUUUUUUGGGUUUAUUGGUAGAAAAUCUUCUGAAUUUUCUAUCAAAAAAGACUUAAUAAUGUUAUACUUUUAAUCCCUAUUUUAAGACAAUUAUUUAGAAAUAUUAAAAGCAAACAAUUUAUUAAAUCAUAACAAAGAAAGAAAUGCUAGCCUAAAUAAAUAGAAAUCAUCAAUUUGUGAUAAUUUUUACAAAACAGGAAAUAUAUAAGCAACUAAAGAUAACUUUAGUGAAAGAUAUAUUUACCUUUAAGAAAAUUCAAGUACACCAAUAUCUGUUCCUGUUUUUAUAAACAAAAAGAAGAAUUCAUUAGAUAUAGAAUAAUUUACUCAAAGUCCAUAUAAAAAAAGCGAAAAUACUACCAACUCUCCCUCCAACAGCAACUUUGAAUUUAAAAUAUUUUCACCAUAAAAAAGAAAUUCUUUAAGUUCCUCUUCAAAUUCAGAUAAAUUAAGUUAUAAUCUUAAUCAAAGAUUUAAAGUAAACACAAAACUUGAUUUUUAUUUUCACAAAAGAUAUAAUAAGCAACAAUCAAUCUAAAAUUAGCAGUAAUCCAUCCUAAAUGCUAUCAAAAGUUCGAACAGCAAUAGCAAUUUGCAGCUAAAAGCCAAAAUUGGAGAAAACAGCCAUAAAAGCGUUGAUUUCGAAGUUUUGUAGUAAAAGCUUUAAAAUAUUUAGAGCCUAAGCUUAUCUGAAAAGCUUAAGAGAAUAAUUUUUAAUUAAAACUAUUGCUCAAAAAAACAAUCCGAUUAAAAGAAGCUCAGCAAUAAGGCAGUAGAAUUAGUAGAAAAAUAAGUUAGAAAAAAUUUAAAUAUCAUAAAUUUUUUAAAUGAUAUCCUGCUAUUAAAGAAGGCUAUAGCAAUGAUCUUAAAUAAAUAAUAAUUGGCUGCGCUCUAACAUUUAAGCUACUCUGAAAAUUAUUUAUAGUUAGAUAUGAAUAAUGUUGAUAUAAAAUAAAUAAAAGAUUAAAAUUUAACUCAUUUUGAAGCUUAAUCAGUUUUACUAGAAAAUUAAGAAGUAUAACAAUAUUUUAUGAACAAGUUUCUUUAAAGAUGCAUGGAUGAAAAUAAUAGUUUGACAAAAAUAGACAAAAGAAUAUAUAAAUCUUUUAAAAAAUCCUACUUUGAUUGA